AAGAUUGACCUGUGCUGCCUGCUCAUUCGUUUAAAAUUUUACAAUUUGAAGAAUGACGAAAUAGGUUCUAUAGCGGCUUCAAGCCUUCGCUCAAUAUCUACGUCCUGGGAUCGGCUUCUCUUUCCCAGAGAUUCAUCUGUUUCUCCAUUAGAAGAGAGAGAGAGAUGGUAAUAAGGUCUUGCGUGGAGGCGAUCGUAUCCUCGUGCGUGACGGUGCAUCCUCAUGAGACUUCCGCACUCCUCCACUCCUUUUCAUGUUUCUUCUUCAUAUUAAGUGCAUACUUUGUGAUUCUUCCCUUACGCGACGAAGGGGCCAUCUCUUUAGGUUUAGGAAAUCUUCCAGGACUUUUUGUGGGGUCCUUAGCACUCACAUUGCUUGCUGCUCCUGUUUCCACAUUCAUUUUCUCAUUGCCCUCUCUCUCCAAAGGAAAGGCUUUGGUUUUGAUGCACAGGUUUUUUAGUGUCUCUCUGGUUGUAUUUUAUAUUUUAUGGCAUUCUUCCUCAGCUGGAUAUUCACCAUCCAAACCAAAGGAUCUGAACCUUGAGGUCGAUCAAGCCAGUGCUGCACGUUCUGGGGGUUGGAGUAACCAUGGAUGGUUUUAUGUCUCUGUGAGAAUUGGUUUGUUCCUCUGGGUUGCUCUGCUUAACCUUAUAACUAUUUCUUCAACUUGGGCUAGAGUAAUUGAUGUGAUGGACAGCGAGUCAGGUUCAAGAUUAUUUGGUUUCAUUGGAGCUGGUGCUACACUUGGCCAGCUUUUUGGCUCUUUGUUUGCCUCAGGAAUGGCUUGGUUAGGACCAUUUUUACUUCUAUUUGCUGCUCUCUUGAUGGAACUUGCUGCACAGUCUUCGAAAGGGAUCAACCAAGAUAAAAAUCAUCUCUCUGAAGAGCUGUCUCUCAUCAGGAAAGCUGAUCCUGACCAACAGAAUGAUGCUGAUGAGCAAUCUUCUCCUGUACUUAGAGGAUCUACUCCUAAGUUAUCUACUUCUGCAGCCAAGCCUCAGCUUUGGGCCUUGUUGGAUGGAUUGCAACUUAUAUUGUCCUCAACUUAUUUGCUAUAUGUGUCUUUAUUCCUCUGGUUGGGUGCAAUCGUCUCUUCAUUUUUCUAUUUUCAGAAAGUAACCAUAAUUGCCAUGACUGUUUCAAGUCCUCUUGACAGAAGAAGGUUGUUUGCCAAAAUCAAUAGCUUCAUUGCCAUUUUUAUCCUUGCUGGACAACUUACCUUAACGGGGCGUAUCCUUACCAGUGCUGGGGUUCGUACGGCUAUUUGCGCUGCUCCUAUUAUUGCCUUCUCUAAUUUGGUUGCUAUUGCUGUAUGGCCAACAUGGGUUGCAGUUGCUGUCUCUGAAACCCUGCGAAAGGUGGUUACCUAUGUUUUGACUAGGCCUGGAAGGGAACUCCUCUUUACAGUUCUCUCACAAGAUGAGAAAUACAAAGCUAAGGUAUGCAUAGAUGUAAUCGUUCAGAGGCUUGGAGAUGCUGCAGCAGCAGGAAUAUACAAGCUACUUUUCAAUGCAUUUAAUGGACAAACAUCAACGGUCUCUCUCUAUGCAUUGCCUGUGUGCUUAUUAUGGAUAUUCACAGCUUUCUACUUAGGAGGCCGCCAGUCUGAACUUGCAAAGCCCCAAGCUGCGGCCGCCUGAUGUUUUUCAAGAUGGUUCCAUGUACAUCUCUUGUAGCAUAUAAACCAUAAAGGUCACUUUUUUUUUGGUCAUUUGGGAAACACAACUUUGAUUAUUUGAAGUGUACUGUCUUUUGUGAUGGAAACUAUUCUUCCAGCAUUCCUUUCCUCUUUUUUUUUGGGUAGCCGAAGAAAUUUGUCUUAAAUAUGAGAUGCAUUUGCCAUA